AUGGCACCUAGUAUAUCGAUUUUGAAGCGGCCCCCACACAAUUAUGUCCCACCGGCACUAUCGAUUAAAUUGAAUAGCGAGGUGAUAAGCCAAUUUAAGACAUGCUUGGCCAAGGGAACGAGACCUAAGUUGGUUGUAAAAGACGGGAGCUUUGUACGUAUAAAACCCGGUCACUGAGAGCCAAAUGGCGUGAAAAGGACCUGAAAAAGACCUUAAAAUGGCACAAUUACUAACGAAUCUAGACGAUCAAAAUUUCAGACGAAUUGGCGUUUCCUUGCACCACGAUCCCAGACAGACCCACUCUAGAUGUCUACAGCGGCAAUGACGACGGGUACGUGCUCGACGGACGCAUUGAUUCCAAGUUGAACGUACUAACGGACCCGAAGCAGAUCCGGGAUCAUUUGAAAACUGUGAGCCAUAAUACGGCCAAGAAGGGGGCUACCAGCACGACAGCGAAGAAGCUUUCGUCAGAGGUGCCUCAGCUAAGCACAUCGGCCCCGUCGAGCCCGUUGAACAUGAAUCCAUAUGCGGUGGAAAUCAACGAUUCUAAGAGUGACAUUAUGACUAAGUUUGUUCUUCUUCUCGCAUUAGGACCAAUCACCAAGCAGGCAGUGGUGAGAAAGUUGAAAGUGUCGCUCCAGGACCUUGAUCCGUUGUUCACGGCCCAUUCACAGAUAUAUAAUCCCAACGACAGUUUUAUUAGCGACGACAAUUUCCCCAACGACGAUUUCAAAUCCGACGAGGAAGACCGCUAUAUCUUGAAGGAUAAGUCGUACAAGAACUUAUUGCCGUGGUCGUGGAACUGGUACUCAGAGAAAGAGAGACAUAUGAUUAUAAAUAACAUCCAUAAUGCAUUAACCAGAUUGGGAUAUCUGGAAACUCAUCCUCUCCGAAAGAAGAUCUGCGACGAGCCGGUAGGCACCAAUAAUUCCAACCAGAAGAAAUCUACGUUAGGUGGUGGCAUAUUGAUUAGCAAGACCAAAAAAUCCCCUAUGAAGCGGUCUCAUACCGAAUCGCCUAGACCUCCACCGGAAGCACCCGCUGCUAAACCGGUAGAAAGACCCAAGCAAAGCGGAUCUCCCUUAAAAAACACGCAGAAACGAAAGAUAACCACGUCUGCGUCCACGUCGGACGAAGACAGGACUUUCAAGAAGAAGAAAACCGACUCCGACUCGCAUACGUCGCCAUCGUCUUCGAUUAACGAUGACGACCCCCAAAUAUCCAUAAACGACGCCAUAGACUCAAUGGGUAAAAAUCGAGCCAUCGCGGCCGAGAGUGACGAAGAUCACACCAGCCACAAACAGAAACGUUUCCAGUACUACAGUAUGUUGGCCGACAAGUUCAAAACCAAGUACAAGGAGUACGAAACGCUCUACAACUCAUUAAAAUCCAAUCCCAAGAACUCCACCAAUGACAAAAAGCAAUUAGUCCGGUUGUUCGAACUACACAACAGUCUAUCCGAAUGGAAAAGAAAGUUGUGGGAUUUUGAUAACGAAAAUAAACUGAAACUAAACAUCAUGAACUUAUCCAAGCAUAAAAAAAUUCCGUCAAAGAGUGCUAAUUCUACCAUCAUUCCCCAGGUGGUUCCAUUCGCUUCCGAUUCCAUUAUUAACAGAAGAAAUGGAUCUAAUCACUCAAGAAACACUCCUAUUCCAAAACUAUCUCUUGAUUACUAA